UCUUAUCUCUUUUCUCUCUCUUCACUUCUUUCACUGGCAGCAAAUCAUAAAAAGGUCGAAACUUUCCUUUCCCCUUUCCCCACUAUAUAAUUCCUCCAACGAGCACCUCUAGGGUUUAUAGAUGGCGGAAGAGAGGAGCUUGAACGGCGAGGACGACAGUUUCUUCGAUUCCGAUCAAAAUAACGACGAAAUCAGCAAGAGAAUCGAGAGCCUGACGGCGGAGAUCGAGGAGAUGAGAGGAUCCGAAGCCAAGGCGAGGCGCAAGAUGGGGGAGAUGGAGAGGGAGAUCGACAAAUCGGAGGAGGAGAAGAAGGUUCUCGAGGCUAUAGCUGAGAGAUCCUCCGAGCUCGAGGCGGAAAAGGCGAGGCUUCUGCAAGAACUCGUUACGGCUAAGGCUGAAAAGGAAGAGGCUGAGAAGGAGGCGGAGAAGCUCAGGGAUGAGAUUUCUCAGAAGGGGGAUGGGAUCGAGGAGCUGGAGAAGGAGGUUGAUGAGUUGAGGAUGGCUAAAGAGGAGAACGAGAGGAGGAUGAAGGAGUUGGAGGCAAAGCUUAAUGCUUUGGAGGCGAAGGAGUUGGAGGAGAGGAACAAGAAGGUGAGAGCGGAGGAGGAGAUGAGGGAUAGGAUUGGUAACAAGGGGAAGGAGGUUGAUGAGUUGAAGGAGAAGGUGAAGAGUUUGGAAUCUAAUGUGGCUGAAGGGAGAGCAGAGGUGGAGAAGUGGAGGACGGAGAAGAAGGUCGUGGAGGAUUCGUUGAGAGAGUCUGAGAAGAGAGUGGCGGGGUUGGAGUCUGAGAUUGUGGUGCUGGAGAGACAGAUGGAUGAGUCUGAGAAGAUGAUUAGCGGGUUGAAGAACAUGGUUGAGCCGGUUAAUGGCGUAGAGGCUGUUAGGUCGUGGUCGCCGGGGGCUGUGAGUGGUGGUUCUGGUGGGGCUAUGGCUGCUGUUGCGGUUGUUGCUGUGGCGGGAGCAGCUGUUGUCUUCUAUGUUUACCGCUCGAAGAAGGCUUGAUUCUCGAGGUAGAGUUUUGUGGAAGUUUGAUUUCUUUUGUUUUUGGAGUGUUUCUUACGGUAAUACCUUUUCUUGUUAUGUGAUUGGUUUCACAACUUAGUAGUUUUACUUUAUAUUGUGUGUUUUGUUUACAUCUUUCGUUACAA